GGGUGCCCAUGUGGACCAGCACCAUGCCUUGUUGUUCUGAGCGCUGAUUGGUCCGCUGGCGCCUGAUUGGUGUUCAUGCGCUGCGGGCCAGCUGCGGGAACUAAAACGCGGAGGACGUGUGACAUCGACGGGACUUCCCUUACCCCGGUUCCUACAGAGAAACGCGACUAUACCGUGAGCGGGUUUUGCUCCAGGAGCUUUUAAACCCAAGUCACGACAGGUGUAACGUCAGAGUCAGUGAAAUGUUGUGACUUUGCGGGGCUAACGGCUGUCGAGACUGGCAGCGCGGAGGAGCAGGGAGUUAUGCGUUCGCCGGGUUUUGUCGGUGGCCGUAGUAACAGGGCGGGGCAGGAAUCAGGGAGGGGCGGGUCUUAACGAGAACACGACUCGCCUUGUUGUGUGUAUUCCCGUGCUCGCAUCGCCAUCUUGUUGCAAUCCUAUUUUUUACGUAUGCGAGGAUCUACUUUCCGUUCGACCGGAUUAGAAAUUGCCCUUCUGCUUUCAGGUGAAACGCAGGGGACGAAAAACUCGGGCCAGCGGGUGUGAUCCGUGCACACGGCGCUUCCUAGCGGGACACUACCUACCCCCCUCGGUCUUUUUCCUCUUUCCGUCCCGGGCCACCGGGUUGCCUGCCGUGAGGGUUUACGCGCAAUGAGCAUCGAUACACUUUUGGAGGCGGCCAGAUAUCUGGAAUGGCAAGCCCAGCAACAACAGAUCACACGUGAGGAAGAGCAGCGCAAAGAAAAGGAGCUCAUCAACAGGGAGACGGAGUCAAGGCGGGUGGAACUUGUGACCUCGUCGUCUCAGCCGGUCAGAGCCAACCACGUCACCUGGGGAGAUGACACUCACCGUCAACAGCCACAUCACCCCCCCGCCCCACCGCCCCCCCCUCUCCCACCUCCCCAAGUCCCCAUUGCUGUCAUCCCAAUGGUCCCAGUUGUCACCGCGACACCUUCUGUCCCACCCCUGCCACUCACAACGCCAAUUGCCGCGGCGGCGGCGACACUCAACAGCUCCCCGCCAGUCAAGAACUCUUCUUCCCCUCCACAGCAGCCACAACAGCAGCCACAGCAGCAGCCGGCCUCUCGUCACCUGUUGUGCGCCCCCCAGAUGAAAGUAGAGACUGGUCAGCAGCUGAUUGGCACAAAACCCAGCCAAUCACAGCCUCAGGUUCAGAUUCAGUACCCAACCUCCAUCAGCACUAAUGGUUCUGGCUCUCAGCAUGCACUGGUCCCCCAUCAAGCUCCACCCACAUCUCAGCCACGGCCAAAUGGAGUGACAAUGGAGGACAUGAGGGGGAUGGAGGGAAAGAGGAGACCAGGAGGAGCGGGGACCAGAGAGGUGCAUAACAAACUGGAGAAGAACAGGCGAGCGCACCUCAAAGAGUGUUUUGAAACGCUGAAGAAGAACGUCCCCAAUGUUGAUGAGAAGAAAACCUCCAACCUCAGCGUUCUCCGCAGCGCUUUGCGUUACAUACAGACUCUGAAGCGUAAGGAGAAGGAGUACGAGCACGAGAUGGAGCGUUUGGCCAGGGAGAAGAUCGCCACGCAGCAGCGGCUGGCCGAGCUGAAAAACGAGCUGAGCCAGUGCAUGGACGUCAUGGAGAUCGACAGAGUCCUCCGACAGACCAUCCAGCCAGAGGACGAUCAGGCCUCCACAUCCACAGCCUCAGAAGGAGAAGACAACUUUGAGCAUGAUAUGGACGAGGAUGUCCCAGCUCCUCCUGCUCCCACAGCCCUCCCCAAACCAACGCCUCCCAUCCUACAGGCCCAGCCGCUCCUCACUCCUCACUUGUCAAUCCAGCACACCACCCUGCCCCUCUCCGGAGUCCUGACCACGCCCUCCCCCUCCGGUCCCCCUCAAGCCAUCGCCCCUGCUCCAGCCCCAGGUCAACCCCCUCCGCAGCCAGCUCAUCCCAUUCAGCCCCCAGCUGUGCAGGUCCAGUCCGUCAUCGCUCACGCCACUGUCUCCCACCCAUCAGUCAUCCAAGCUGUCAAUCACGCCCUGCCAGCCAAUCACAAGCACCUAACACACAUUGCCCCAUCACCUGGCCCCACUUCCUCUACCCCUCAGCCAAUCACGGGAGCUCCAGCCGGCACCGCCGCUCACCCACCGAUAGCCGCCCAACCCAUCGGACACAUCACUGUCCACCCGGUGGCUCACCUGGGAGCUCCCCUGCCCUCACACCUCCCAACUCUUUAUCCCCAGGGCGUGUCUGUCUCCCAGCCCACCAUGGUGGGCCACAUCACUCACACCUUCACCCAUCACACCCUGCCACACGUCCAGGCUAAUCCUCAAGCUAACACUAACGGAGCCCAGGUGAACAGCGCAGCCGUUGUGAGCCAGGGGAGCUCGUCGCUAGGGAAACCCACAGCAGUGCUGGCUCCCCAUCCCCAGCUGGUUGGACAGGCUGCCGUCCUCAACCCUGUCACCAUGGUUACAGUCCCAACCUUCCCUGUCAGCACCCUUAAACUGGCGUGAAAGAGUCCAAAAAAAAAGAUGGGAUGGACUGAAGAAGAGAAAUAUUAAGAACUUCUGGAUGAGUUUUCACACUCCUAUCAAUAAUCAAUAGCAGAGAGUCUCUGACAGACAAAUGACAAUUUACCAAAAAAAACAUCAGCUGUUUUUUUUGGACAACUUGUUACAGAUAUCUCCAGAGAUAUUUUGAUCGCAGCUCUGUUAGUUUGUGAACAAUAACAUUAAAGCAGAGUCAGUGGGUCAGGCCGUUGUUUGUGAAAAUAAGACUGUGACAUUGGUUUCCGCUGCAAAGACAGGAACUCUGUUUUACCUUCCUUCCUUGCCUUCUUCUUUCCUUCCUUCCCUUCUCCCCUCCCUCUACAACCAGAAGCACUAACAUAAUAAGCUCAGUUCACACUCAGGCAUCAAGGAUUUACCUUAAAUAUUCAUUCACUCAUUGAGGGAAAACACAUGAGAGAGACAGAGAGAGAGAGUCGUUUGUCGUUAGGUUGUUGUCGUGGUGACGCGGUAUGUACCCAUUUUGUAUUCAUGUAAUCACAAUGUCAUGUGGGACAUUGUGGUGGGAUAAUGUCACUGAUGUGUUUGAGAGCAGGAGGAGGGGCUCACUGAUCCUGAUAAAUGACACACAGGGCUUUGAUCAAGUGUGAUGUAGACCACUUCAGAUAGUCAGCUGAACAGAGCUCAAGCAUUUUAGUUUAAUAAUGCAGUUCUUCAUUUUUUGUUGUCAGUAACAUAGAGGGUCCAGGACAGGCAAGUUGCUCAUUUAUUUUGCUUCGAGUUUCCUUUCUUGCCCCUUCUCUAACAAAAUUCAUGGGGUGACUGUCUUGUCCAUCUUCCUCCAAAUGAAGAUUCCUCACCAUUUCACCUGGGACCAGUCCCCUUGCAAAUACUUUAAGAAAAAGGAUGAACAGUGGUUGGUAAUCUGCAGCUGAAAAAAGGGAGAAAGACAGAAUCUUGUUGUGUUUAUGUGUGUUUUCUGUGCUUGUUUGAGGGUGACUCCAAAACAGUGUGCCCCAAGAUCUGGCACAGCUCCAGAAAACGAGCUGCAGGUUUAAACGGCAGGAAAUUAGGACAAGGAUUGCUUGACUUGCUGAACAUGCUGUAGCAUCUGUUUUUUCUCACCUCACGGAGAAGUCGUGUCGAGAGACUACAUGACCUUUGCUUGUUGGUUAAUGCACAGAUGUUGCAUUUCCUUGUAUGAAACCACCAAACUCCUACAGCCACAAAUUUGAGCUCAGCAGUCAGAGACUCAAACAAGUUAGGAUUAACGGAUUUCCCAUGUUUUCAAUAACCGUUUGAGAAAGUAAUUCACGCAGCCAGUUAAAUGUAUAACUCCCAGGCUUUUGAAAGAAUAGUAGUAAUGUUAAAGGCUCUUGGAUAUAAUCUGUUACUGUCGGACUGAUUUGAUUCAAGCUGUUACCGAGGUGUGGAUACGACCUGACGAUGAUUUCACUGUGAGAAAUCAUACAAUUACAGACUUGUUAUUUGAGUAUGUUGAUUCCUGUGAAGUCUUUGUACUUGCUGGUGACUUUGAGGUGAGACAAAGAGGCUUUGUAAGUGGCCAGGAAACCAGCCAGAAUUCCAAAACUCCAAGCAGUGUUUGCAUGUGCUUUACAUUGGCUUAGACUGUUCAUCAGCUAACAUCGUGUUUUCAAACCAACUGAGGCCUGUUACAGACUGUUUGAACAGUGUAAAGUCCAGAUGGAAAGUUGUCAGCUUAUCACAAAUACCUGAAAUUUUUUUGUGGUGGAUUUCAAAGAUAACCCAUAAAUAGAUGUCGACAUCCCGUUCAACCACUGCUAACUGCUCUCAAAACAUUCAGUGACAGGUUUCCUCUUGUCACUAUCAUGGGUGAUGUUCCCUCAACACACUUUAGGGCAAUAUACAGGUUUUCCUCCUCCUCACUCUGAUGCAACAGCUCCCUCUGCUGCCUCAUCCCGGACCUCAUACUGACGUGACUCUCACACACACACACAACACCCGGGGCACAACACAAAACUUCCUGCACAGAUUUUUUUUUUAAAUCUGGGGAAAAAAUGAUAAAAGUUCAGUGUUGAUCUUUAAAACAAAAGGAAAAAAAAGGUAACUACACUUCGAUACAUACAGUAUCGAAAUUUGUUCUGCUGAGAAGGCUGUGCGAUGUGGAUGAAAGCUCCAGAAAAGCUUCUAAGUUGACCUUGAGUUAAGUUUUUUAAAUGUAUUUUUCUCAAGUAAAGGUCUUGAAAGUUUUGAAUACAGCACAAAAAUAUUAAAAAGACUGGAAGACUGGAAAUUGUUAAAGCCUAAAAUCUGUUUGCAUUUUACUGCAGUUUUUUGAAGGAUAUUUUGGCAGCAACAUGACUUUUUCGACAGUGACGUUUACCAAUAAACAGUAUCAUAUGCUCCGGUCCAGAAAAAUCAGUGGAACAUGUGUUGUGUCGCCCACUUUUCUUUGUGUGUGUUUUCUAUGUGUGUGUAUGUUCAAACAACUCACAGGCUCCACAGCCUUCCUGCCAGCCUAUACAUGUCACACCAUGAAAUCUCCCAUCAGUAUACGUGUAUGUAGUCAGUGUCGCGUGGGUCUGCUCCUUGCCUCUUCUGCUGUUACUGUAUGUUACGUCUGUAUAUGUGAGUGUACUCAAUAUGUUUUAUAUUCUGUACUAUAGUUAAUCCUACUGUACCUGUAGCAUGGCUCUGUUGUUUUCUUUGGUUAUACAGUUUGCCCUGUGCAUGUUGGAGUGUGUGUAUGUGUGUGUGUGUGUGUGUGUGUGUGUGUGUGGGUGGGUGGCAAGCCAGCUAUUUUUUUACACAGAGGUGAUUUAUGGUAUGAGCCUGUUUGGGUGCUAUCGUGUGUGCCUAUACUCAGUUUUCCUGAACACUGUGACAACUCUGGCAAAACACGUACACACUGAGCGAAUGGAAGAGACAAAGAUUUACUGUUAUUACUGUUUGUUUCUUUUUUUCUGUUUUUAAGUUUUCCAUUUUGUGAGUUGGACUGAGACAUGGAGUGGAAAAAGUAAAAUACAAAAAAAAGUUGUUGCUCUUUUCUCGAUAACAUAAUAAUGUCUAAUAUUCAAUUUGAGUUUUGUAAUAAUAUUUGUAUGUAUGUAUGAAAGUUUUGUAAAUUUGUGAUCGUAUGCACGUUUUGGCAUAUGAGUGUAUGUAUCUUAAAAUUUUAAAAUGCUUGUUUCUUUUUUGGUUUUGUUCUGCAUGUAGAUUGCCGUUCAGUUUCUUUUUGUUUAAAGGUUUUGUUUUUAUGUUUAUUUUUGGGACCAUGUACAAUACUGUAUAACGUGGGCAGGAUCUUGGACCUCAUGCUACAUUGAUAUUAUAUAUGAAUAUAAAAACAUGUUUUCCCUAUGGAGAAAGUUUUAAGUUAUAUAUCGCCUGUACACUUUGGGCUGCCUUUUAGAUCUAACUGUCCACUGUUUAAGAUAACAAUGAUGAUAAUGGAUAAAACAUAUUAAUGAUUAAAAAUUAUGCUGAUGAAAUAAUAAAGAUUCUUAAUAAAUCUUAUUACAUUUACAACA